CGCAGGGCCUCGGCGUCAUGCGGGAAAGGGGCAGCCCCAUGGCGGUAACUCGAAGAGGGCUCGGCGAGGGCCUGACGGGUUUGGAGGCUGGAACAAGGAAGGGAAGUCCUCACCUGUCCGGUCCGGGCUCAAAGGGCCGGGGCGAGGGGCUCCCCGGCCUGCUCGGCGCGCGCCUCCCCCAGCCCCGCCCCCGCCAUGCUGUGGGACCUGGUGCCCGCAGCUGCCGGCUCCCGCUUCCGCUAGCUACCGGAAGUGCGGUGCAGCGAGAAGGAAAGUGGAGAGAGCGCGGCACCCGGCCGGCCUGCCCUGAGAGACGGAAACGAAGAUAUGGUAUGCAGAGUAUAUCUCAAGUAGAGAAAAAAGAAGUAGAAGAAGAAGAAGAAGGAGAAGGAGAAGAAGAGGGAGAAGAAGAAAGGGAAGGAGAAGGAGAGGAGAAGAAUGAGGAGGAGGAGAAGAAGGAGAAGGAGAAGGAAGAGGAGGAGGAGAAGGAGAUGACAACGAAGAAGAAGAAACUCUAAAUUUCAGCUUGUCCCCAGCUUCGGGGCUGGGGUGGCCCAUGGAGCCAGCUCUGAGUGGGCUGCCGGCCUUCCCCUUCCCCAUUCAGCUUGUCAGAUGAUGCCCCUAGUAAGGGGUCAGCCCAGCACCCUCUCACCGCCCCCCCACAGCCCUCCCUGGCCACUCCUGCCCACCA